CACGGCGGACUUUACAAGAUGAUGCGGACUAUGCGUGUUGCGUUGCCCGCAGUCUUACGGCCUUUUGGAGGCCACCAGCAGCUUGUUGCCCGUCGACUGACACUGUCAGCUCAGCAAAGGAUUGUCCCAGAUUAUGUCAAGAUCGUUGAAGUAGGACCAAGGGAUGGUCUCCAAAAUGAAAAAACAAUGAUUCCGGCAGAAGUCAAGAUUGAGUUUAUCGAUCGUCUGAGUGCUACUGGACUUCCAGUGAUAGAAACGACGUCCUUUGUAUCUCCGAAAUGGGUUCCACAGAUGGCGGACGCCCCAAAAGUGCUGACAGGAAUCCAGCGACGCAAAGGUGUAACUUACCCAGUCCUUACACCGAACUUGAAAGGCCUGGAAGCAGCCAUUGCAGCAGGAGCCGAAGAGGUGGCCAUUUUUGGCGCGGCGUCAGAGUCGUUUAGUCAGAAGAACAUUAAUUGCUCGAUAGACGAGAGUUUGAAGAGAUUUGAAGAAGUAUGUCAAAAGGCGAUCAGGGAGGGACUUCGGGUCCGAGGAUACGUCUCCACUGUCCUUGGAUGUCCUUACGAGGGUGACAUUUCGCCCAAAAUGGUAGCUACUGUGGCCAAAAAGCUAUAUGACAUGGGAUGCUAUGAGAUUUCCUUGGGCGACACAAUCGGCGUAGGUACACCCCUUAAGAUGGCGAAAAUGUUAGAAGCAGUGAAGGAUGUAAUUCCUGUGGAAUGUCUUGCGGUUCAUUGUCAUGACACUUACGGGCAAGCUGUGGCCAAUAUUACAAUGGCGCUGCAGCAUGGCAUUCAUGUAGUGGACAGCUCUGUGGCUGGACUUGGCGGAUGCCCAUACGCAAAAGGUGCGACCGGCAAUGUGGCUACAGAAGAUGUUCUAUACCUUCUCGAGGGCCUCGGUAUCAAGACCGGUGUGAGCCUGCCAGAAGUCAUCAAAGUUGGGAACUGGAUAUCGCAAAAGUUGGGCCGAGAGAACGCCUCCCGCGUUGCCAAAGCCAUGACACCCAAAUUGUAACACAGUAACUAGGCUAGCAUCUGAAGACUAGAAUUCAAAUUAGUUGUCCCUACGGGCACUCCUCAAACGUUAGACGCCCCUCCAGUAUUUCUCGUGCUCCGAGGAUAGAGAAUAAAUAUUUUUCACAUCCUUGCCUCGGCAGGAUUGAAAUGCACCUCAUGCG